AUGAAUGAAUAUAAUCGUGGAUGGUGCUGGAAGGUUCUGAAUGAGAUCAAUAGAAUGCCUAUUUCUAAGCCAUUUAGGCUUCCUGUUGAUCCUGUUCAUGAUGAUGCACCAGAUUAUCUGCAAAAAAUAAAGCAUCCAAUGGAUUUAUCAAAAAUUAAGCAAAAUUUGAAUAGCGGUAUAUAUACAAAACCUCAACAACUUGUCGAUGAUAUACAUUUAAUAGCAUCAAAUACAAGAUUGUAUAAUGGAGAAGACUCAUUUUUUGCAGCAUGUGCAGAUAUCAUUGAGGAAUACAUUGAUCAGCAGCUUAAGGAUAAAUGUAAUUCAUAUGAUGAAGAAUGGACACAAAAUUUGGAUAGAAUUAUUGCUGCUCUUCGAAAGCAUAUAGAAAAGGCGCCAAAAGGAGUAAAUAUUGACGGCUUUGAAAAUAUUAUAACCAAUCCAAUCCAGAAAAUAUCAACAACCUCUGAUACAGAAUUUCUUUGA